UUCUUUUCUGCUGAGCUGGAAUUCAGUUGUUCUUUUCUUCUUUUCUUCUCUCCGUCAAGCCCAUCACCCAGCACCGUUGCGGAACACAGUCGACAACAAUGCCUCCCAAGUCCGGAAAGAAGGCCGCCCCUCUGCCCUACCCCCAGGGUAAGGCUGGUUCUAAGAAGGCCCCUAAGAACCCUCUCAUCGAGAAGCGCACCCGCAACUUCGGCAUUGGCCAGGACAUCCAGCCCAAGCGUAACCUCGGCCGUUUCGUCAAGUGGCCCGAGUAUGUCCGUCUUCAGCGCCAGAAGAAGAUCUUGAACCUCCGUCUCAAGGUCCCCCCUGCCAUUGCUCAGUUCCAGAACACCCUGGACCGCAACACCGCUGCCCAGACCUUCAAGCUCCUCAACAAGUACCGCCCUGAGACCAAGGCCGAGAAGAAGGAGCGUCUCCACGCUGAGGCCACCGCUGUUGCCGAUGGCAAGAAGAAGGAGGACGUCAGCAAGAAGCCCUACCACGUCAAGUACGGUCUUAACCACGUUGUUGGUCUCGUUGAGAACAAGAAGGCCUCCCUUGUCCUCAUCGCCCACGACGUUGACCCCAUUGAGCUGGUUGUCUUCCUUCCCGCUCUCUGCCGCAAGAUGGGUGUCCCUUACGCCAUUGUCAAGGGUAAGGCUCGUCUCGGUACCGUUGUCCACAAGAAGACCGCUGCCGUCCUCGCUCUGACUGAGGUCCGCUCUGAGGACAACUCUGAGUUCGCCAAGCUCCUCUCCACCAUCAAGGAGGGCUACACCGACAAGUACGAGGAGUCCCGUCGUCACUGGGGUGGUGGUAUUAUGGGCCCCAAGGCCAUUGCUCGCCAGGAGAAGAAGCGCAAGGCUGUUGAGUCCGCUGUCAAGGUCUAAACUAGUCCACAUGUCUAGCUUAGUUCCGCAAUGACGGGUUUUCCAACGAUCUUAAUGACAAUUUGUUGCGCUCUUCCGGCGAAAGAAAAGUUGGGAUUUGUUCAAAAGCAAAUUACGGCCUCGGUUCCUGGGAAUGGUGUUAACGGCUCAGUUAACUUAUUGAUGGCAUAAUAGCUUAGAUGGGUGGAGAGCUUUUGGCACCCAAUUCUCAAUCCCAAUCCAUCUUGAUGGUCUUCUGUUUCUUUCAAUCUUAUGUACACGUCGCAGAUACCCAUGAAUGCUAUUUCAAGACUUCAACCCAACCGUGCUUGUAGUCCCCAUGCAAUUAAGCAUUCAUGUGAAGUCUGCCUUCGUAGUUGUCGACCGUAGCGACGAGCCUUCCUGUUCUAUUUCUUGAACCCAUCCUAUCUUAAGUAUUAUAAUGUUAAAUGCAGCCCCGGCUGGCC